AUGGUGCAGAACUCUACUAUGAUACUGCCCACGAAUCUAUAUGAAGAUCACACUGUCUUAACUGCUCAAAACUUACGCUUCCAAAUUAGAAACUAUCUGGAGACAACUGUCACAUGUGUAGGCUCUGAUUACAGCCGUACAUGCCUCUAUAACAACCUUUACUAUAAAGAUAAAAAGUUUGUGGUUUUGACAGUUCGAGGGAACCAUUUACCUUUUCUAUUAGUGCGAAUUGGUAUACGUGUUGGCACACGUCUCAAACAGGGUAUAGACCCACAAAUUAUUUCCUUUUGUGAACCGAGAAUUGUCCAGUUCAACUCAAGCGCCGAUCUUGAACGUUUUGUCCAUGAGACAGCGAAGCCGCGCGUAUUAUCGAGUGUCACCGUCUAUUUUAAGCAACCGUGGCACUUCAAUAUUGGUCAUGCACUCUUUGAUGGCUUGUAUCCGGGCUAUAUGGCACUCACUCAUUUUCCUCCAAGACAUCUUCUACCUUUUCGGUCGCUCAUAGACAUGGACAACGUCGCAUGUGAGACUUGCUGGAGUGAAGAUGUAAGCAGUCGAUUCAGUGGUCUCGGUAUAAUCAAAGAGCAAAUCUUGAAAAACAUGUCGGUUCAUAGCUGGUUCGCCUUCAAUGAGCUAGUCAUGGGCAACGGGGAUAUGUGUCAACGUUGUAUUCAGCCGAACCUGCAACUAGCAGGAGGUGUGGAACUUGAUGGGUCCAGACUUUUCCGAGAUAGAAUGUAUAAGCAACAUGGAUUAGAUACUCUAGUUCAGCGACGCAAGAACUCAGCCGAAAAGCGGGAUCCGAGAAAAUCUCUGAAAGCGUAUUUUAUUCACAAUAAAGCGUUUUCAGUUGCAGAUCAAAAGGAAAUCAAUGAUUCAAUUAUCGAAAUCAAUAAAUACGCCGAUCUUUAUUUGAAAAACAGUAAUCGUAUUGAUAAACUAGAAUGGCCUCUUGUACACGUCGCUUACGUGAACUACCGCGACAUUAAAGUCCAAAAUAAAGAGUUCACUCACUUUCAAUCCAAUAACAUCUACUUCAGAAGGCCAACUUAUAAGGUAGUAGAAACCGAUUUUAUGGCACAACUAAGACUAUUGAGUGAUAUCGAUAUCCAUAUUACAGGACCAGGAACGGGUCAAAUGUACCAAACCUUUCUGUCCGACGGAUCCGUAACAAUUAAUUUGGGAAAAUUGAAAAAUACUUCAUACCAGAAACCAAUGACCACAUACGCGUCUUUCAUGGAACAAUAUAUGACCGCUGGUACACCGUACAUUAAAGGUCUUUACUACCCAAUUAAUGAAAGACGCAACGGUAUUAAGAAAAAAGAAUUAGUUACACUAAUACAAAGAGCUGCAAAGCUAAUUACAGAUGGAUUUCGCUUACCAGUAAAUCCAAGAGAGAACUUAGCUGCGGAUGGACAUAUUUUCAUAGAGAUGUGUGAGAAAGAUGUAACUUUUUGCAGAGAAGUAACAGUCAGAGCACCAUUUCACGAAACUUCUUGUUUCCACAUGUGGGUUGAAGACAUGGUGCAUGAAAAUCGACAGUGGAGCUCACAAGGUUUCGUUGAUGGCAAGAGAAUAAUUCGCUGUCCUUUGAAUCACACAUUAUUGCGUCAGUUAAGACAGAAAUACAACAUUGUUCAUGGAACAACUUAG